GCUUGCUAUGACUGCAACCACGUUUGCAAUAAGGCCCCCUCUCAAAAAGUCACUUGUUGCAUGGUGGGGCCGUGACGGCAUCCCGUAUAACAUCUGGAUAGACGCCGCAGGAGCAUCUUGGGUCUCCGACCAAGAUGCCUUUAUGAUGAAGAAUCCUCAAGCGGUUGACAAUUACAUCCAUUACCGCUCACUAGAGAGGCAACCGCCCUGUAAUGCGCAAGUGUGUUACUCAUGCGCGAAGCCAGUUAAUCCAACGACUCGGCCGUGUACCUAUUACAAUUACUGUAAACGCGAGCCUGGAGCACCAACAGGGGGUCAUUGUUAGUGACGUCGGAGGAAGAAAUCAAGCUCGUCGGGAAGCCGGCGAGAGAUGAAUGUACCCGUCCGAUGCGAUGCGAUGCGAUGCGAUGCGAUGCCGUGCGGUGCGGAAGUGGAAGCUAGCCAAAGGUAUCCGCGCAGAACUUCGAAGGCUCCUAGCUCCCAGGAAAUACGGCGAGCACUCCCAUCUCUUGAAGAGCGCGAGCGAGAUAGGACAUUGUCAGGCUCACAUCAUGAGGACAAAGACAGCAGCAGCAGCAGCAGCGCGUGGCGAUGGGUGUUUCCAAGAAGAAGAAGAAGAAGAAGGAGAAGAAGAACAACAAGUAGCAGAAGUUGCCAAGAUAUACAUAUGUGAAUGAGACGAAAG